AUGUUUCAAAGUGCACCCAGGCAGGAGCCCUUCAUAGUCGUUCCAAAAAUCCAGGACAACAAGUUUUUACUGCCUGGAUUUGGCCUGCCGCUUGAUUAUGCACCGAUGGAGCAGAACAUCUAUGGUGUCCAGAACCGGAGCCUGUUUCCAACAAGUCUGGACGAUCGGGAUAUCGCAAAAGGGGACGUCGAUCAACCUGUUUUGACCCUCCGUGAAAUAGGAAUGGUAAAGGUGAUGGAGCGCAUUACAGAUAUGCCUGAUUGGCAUAAAAAGGUAUUCAAUCCUGAGAUUGCCGAAACAUGGAAGAAAGAAGCAAUGGCGGGCCCGGAAGAUAUCUCAAAGAACAUGGCCGACUGGAUUAUCGACGAGCUUCAAUUCAAAGCGGUCAUCUACGAGCAUACCAAUGUCAUCACGUUGUACAACGGCGACGUUUCCAAGUCAGACCACAAUGUGCCGGAAUCAUUUCAGGCUCAAUUCUGCCAGGCAACCAAAGUUCUUGAAGACGUGCCACCGGGAUUGAAAUUCUAUAACCCGGGGAGCGACCAUGUGCAACGCGACCUUGCCCCGAUCGCAUUCUUUCCUCUUGUGUAUGGGCGGACACGUAUUCUCAAGGAUGGACUCAUUGGAUUGGAUGAUGCAUUGGACACCAUGGGCCAAGGGGAGGUGAUCCCUGUCCCUCCGGAGACGAUCACGCGUGAAGACAUGGCUUGGAGAGUCGCCGCUCGCGCUGACAUCGACGCGAAGCCUUUCAGUCGCAGGUUCCAGGUUCUCCCAUUUGACCUUGAGUUGAAGGACGACGGCAGGUGGCACAUUAUCAGUUAUAUCAACAACCUACACCCGGUGCGUCACCGCAACAUAUACAAGCUGAUUGAGGACCUGUUCAACAUGACAGUUCCUCAGUGGAAUGCAUCCCUGACUCCGCUCAAGGAUAUGCUCCACUCCCGUGCACGGCUUGAGUACAAAAAAGCCCAGUACCAUCCCAUUUCAAAAGAGGUCGAGGAACAAACGCCUCAGCCAAAACCCGGCGAGGCGGAAGUAGAGUAUCACGAUAGACUGGAUGCGUGGAGGAUGGAGCAUUGGAGAGCCGUCCAACCCGAUGCUGGGAGAUUCAUUCCCUGGGCUGUACCACCCUGGAUGAUGUCCUUUCUGCCACCGGAUCUUCCGACCCCGGUCCGGAUUGAGCAGGGUGUUGAACUGAACAGAGACUAUGGAAAACGGGGGCUACAAAUGAUUUGUAGAAUCACCAGUUACGAUCUGACACCUGAUCAUCCGUACACUGAGUCGGGCUAUCACUGCGAAGGGCAGAUGAAUGAGCAUGUGACCGCAACAAUGGCUUACGUCUUCCACCUCGACAACGUGGAAGUUCCCUCGCUGGAAUUCCGGCAAAUCUCUGAAUCCGCCAGCCUGACCGAGGUCGAACACGACCCGGACGACACAAUCUGGCUGAAACAAGUCUACGGCCUGGAAGACGGAGAAUCUACCGUCCAAACUGUCGGCAGGAUCAAAACGCCCCUCGGCCGAGUCAUCAUUGUGCCGGCAACCAUCCAGCACCGUGUGAACCACUGCGAGUUGAUUGACAAAACCAGGCCUGGCUCCGUCAAGGUGCUCUCCCUUUUCCUAGUCGACCCGAACAUCCGCAUCAUUUCGACGGCCAAUGAACUGGAAGGGCUGGAUCAGAUGCUGCAGCAACUCACCGUUCGGUUCUCGGAGAGGAAGGAGAGCCUACCAAUCUCUCUGAACGAGGCUAGGAAACUCCAUGACGACGUCUUUUGGGAGAGGGUUCGGUUCACCAAGUAUCAGCAGGUUGCCUUCGAAUCAAACGUAGUCAUUCUUUAA